CUUGCAAUUAUUACUUGAUCAUACAACAAACAAAAUGGGUUCCAGUGCUAGAAAAAAGGCCGAAAAGAAGAAGGACUUCAAGAAACCGAAGUUGCGUGUUGGAAAAACCAAAGCAAAGCCGGAUAAUUUCACAGACACCAGCUUCAAAUCCCGAUCCAUCACUAUCAACCAGCAAUCCCUCACGACCUCUGCACCCGCUUCUUCCGUCCAAUUCGAGCAUUACCUCUCUCUCGCCUCUUCCUCCAAGUCCGACGCCCAACGGCGAGAUGCCUUAUCCUACCUCAUCACACAAGUCUCGUCCCAACCAGUCAACGCACCGAUACCAGUCUCUGCCGCGAUCAUGCUCCCAAAGCUAUACCCCUUGAUACUCGACGGCUCACAAUCAGUACGGACACAGCUGCUGAAAUUCUUACGUCUCCUCCCAGCAAAGGAUGUUGGUGACCUAGCCGAGUUUGCGCUUCUCUACGUCAGAGCUGGCAUGACCCAUCUCGCCGUGGAGAUCCGCAACGACGCCCUGUCGGUACUAGAAUGGCUGGUGGAAACAGCGCCAGAAGCCAUCGUCUCUUGCCCCGGCGGCUGGUACAAGACCCUCGAUUCAUUCAUGCGGAUGAUGGGCUGGGCCAUCAGCGUGGGCUCAACGAAAUGGUCCGCAGCAGCCAAGGUCACAUUCGGGAAGGGCGGGAAGUCGUUUCCAAGGCAGAUUACGGUUCUUGCUCAGUUCCUGAAAGCCGGUCUGGCCAGGAUGGCCACUGAGGAGUUGUUCCAGCGCGGGAGCUGCUUUCCGUUAUGGGAUGCAGAUAUACAUGUCAUCCCCGUGCAGGCGAGUCCCUUUGCCCACUUGAACCUAUUCGGGCCGGGACGAGAUGAGGAGAGCGAGAUGUACACGGAGCGGGAGAGCAGGCAGCGGGUUUUCCGUCUGCGUUUCCAGACGUCAGUCGAUAAGGGGAUUGAGAGCGCAAAGAAGGAGGGGGGAGAGAUGGGGAGAGCGGGGUCGAUCCUUGGAAAAGUUGUCACGGAAUCAAUGGAUGAUUAUGAUGAGAUGGGCAAUCCAACGGAUCACUCAUGAACGUAAGCUAAGGGGUUGCAUAUAUGGAGUACAGGUUUGGGAGUUUAGAUACCAUAGGGUCAUGGGUGGAAUGAUAUGGGUGGUUUAUAAAACAAAAUAUGAAGAAAUGAUAAGAGUUAUACUUUAUAUUUUAAAUGUUAAUGGGUUCCUUAAUUAUGUAUAG